ACUCGAACUUGCAUAAACUGAAAGAGAGAGAGAGAGAGAGAGAGAGAGGGAAAAUGACUGUGGCACUAAAAAUGGUGAUGGGGGUUGCACUAGUGUUGGUAUGGGACAUGGUGGUGAUGGUUCCUGAGGUGGCUGCAACCAGGUGGACUGUGGGAGCUAACCACGGCUGGACUACUGGUGUGAACUACACAAGUUGGGCUCAAGACAAGCACUUUAUCAAUGGAGAUUGGCUCUUUUUUGUAUAUGACAGGAAUCAGAUGAACGUGCUCGAGGUGAACAAGACAGACUAUGAAUCAUGCAACUCCGAUCACCCACUUCACAGCUGGACUACCGGAGCUGGGAGAGACGUGGUUCCGCUUAAUGUGACCAGAGAUUACUACUUCAUUAGUGGCAAGGGCUUCUGCUAUGGCGGUAUGAAACUAGCUGUCCAUGUCGAAAACCCACCUCCUCCUCCUGUAGCCUCCCCGGUUGAAAGUGGCUCUCCAUCAAUCUACCAAGACAAGCUUGUUUUACCAGCUCUUUUUGCCCUUGGUGCCCUGUGGAACGCCCUCAUCCGUUUCCCGUGACCAUACUAAGCUAGCAACAUUUAUCAGGAUACCGCAUUCUGCACAAGCAUUCCUUAACCAAAUUGUGAAAGGAAUUGAGUUGUCUUCCUCUUCAUUUUUCACAAAUUUUCUUAAUGACCAGAGAUGUUUGAAUUGAACAAUGUUAUGGUUGAUGUUGAGAAAAGACACUUGAAGAUUUGAUUUUAUUUAUUGGGGAUUUCAAUC